AUGGGCAAUACCCAACCAAAGAAUAAGACCGGCAAGAAGGUUGUGGCGCAAAAGGUGGAGCAUGCAAAGAAAACAGGGGUUCUUUCGCUUGCAGAACACAAGUUGGAAUCAUGUCCUACACAAGUUUUUCAAAUAGCCAAGUUGAGGACGUUGGAUCUAUCGUCAAACAAGAUCAGUGCACUGAAUCCAAACGUUGCUAACCUAAAGAGCUUAAAGUCUCUUAACGUUGAAAACAACGAGCUGCCUCCAGGAAGUUUGAAUCCUCUAGGAAAAUUGCCUAAUCUACAGAUUUUGAAUUGCGGUCGAAACUUGCUGGGAAGACCCACGGAAGAAAACCCACAAAUGGUUGAUCCUCUUCCAGACAAGUUGCCUCAAGGAAUGAAGCAACUGAAGGUCCAUGGGAAUUUUCUCUCCUCUGUUCCUAGGCCUAUAUUCACAUCGAUGCUUGUAAAGCUGGAAAGUUUGGACCUUUCCAACAACGACAUUGCUUCCAUCCCUGAAGAAAUCGGAAAUCUGAAGAACCUAUUAGAACUGACAAUGGAUUUCAAUUCAGUCGUGAGCUUACCUUCAUCCAUUGGGCAGUUAUCGAAGUUAAAGGUCCUCUCUCUGAAGAGCAAUCAGAUCUCGGCUCAUUCAGCACAGUGGUCUGAUACAAAUCCACAGCCUCUACCUGAAGAUUUAUUCACCAAAACUCCUCUGAUUGAUCUAAAUCUACAUGGCAAUCCAAUGACAAGUACCCAACUGAAUACGAUGAAUGGAUACGAUCAAUUUUUGGAGCGACGGCAAAAGGUGAAGACGAGCACUUUGAUUGGUGGAGGUCUGACGAGUUUAGAUGUCUGUGGACUCGAGUAG